AUGUGUGCUUUGUACAGAGUGAAACUGCUUCAAGAUCAAGCAAACACAAUUAGUGAAGGAUUGCCUGCUUUUGGUCAUAGAAGUAUAUGUUUUACUUGUGGCAUUUCUAUUCUACGUGCAACUAGAACAUAUCCUGUAAGACAAGAUCGACAAGAGAGAAACAUUUUAGUUAGACAUGUUCCGCUGCAACUGAUCUCAAGAUUGGAAAGACAAGUUUACGUUAACGAACUAUUCCCAUACUUGGAUAAUAAUAAAAUACAAUUCCCUAGUGUCCAACGUCAACCAAAUAAUAGGAUUGAGUGUGGGCUAUUCGCCAUUUGUUUUGUCACCGCUUUAGCUUUGAGAGUUAAUCCAUCCUGUAUCAAUUUCAUUGCCGAGGACAUGCCACGUCAUUUGUUUGAUAUGUUAUCUCGAGGUUUAUUAGAACUUUUCCCAUCAACUAACACCGCAAGAAGAGCUGGCCGGCCACCAGCAAAUUUGUUCCUUAAUAUACUAGCAAAGAAAGAAAAAUGUAAAAUUAAGGAUGCCGAAAAGAAAAAAAAACAAAAGGUCUCAAAAGACACAGUCUCAAGAAACUGA